AUAAGAAUCCCUAAGAAACGAUGAACAACGAACAAUUCCGCCGUCUCCUCGUCAACAACAACAAAGACAAUAACUCGACCCAAAAACAAGCCGGAUCGAGUACAUCUCCAUCCCAAAAUGCGUCUCGUGGUGGAGGCGCAACACCUGCCCUGCUCGGGUCGCGGAUGCGCUCGAGCAUUCCUAUGACACCUCGCUCAGUAACAGGCGUCGACUUUGCGCGCCAACUAGCCGAAUACCGACGCGACGGACAACCACCCACGAAACGAUUCCGGUCGUCUGCUGCGCCGAAGGGAACGAAGUUACCAGCGGGGUAUCAGGAUCGGGCGGCGCGAUUACGGGAAACGGGGGAAGAGGAAGCGGAUGGGGAUGAUAUUGAGAAGAGGAUUAAGGCAUUGGAGGAGAUGGUGAAGUUGGGACAGAUUGAUCGGGAGACGUUUGAGAAGUUGCGGGUGGAGUUGGGGGGGUUGGAUUGGGAGUUGUUGAGGAGGGUGAGGGCUGGGGAGGAUGUGGAGAAGAAAGAGGAGAAGGAAGAGGCUGUGGAGGAGACGGUGGGAGAUGUGGAUGAGGAGUUGGAGAAGUUGGAGGAGGCGACCGGGGGAGAGCUGCCUUCUGCGCCGAGGGAGAAGGAGAAGAAGAAGAAGGGGAGUAUGGCACCGCCGCCGGGGAAGAAGUCGAGGGAUGAGAUUUUGAAGCAGUUGAGGGCUAGUCGGGCUGCGGCUGCAGCUGCUGAGGAGCAGGCGGCUGAGCCGGCGUUGGGGUCGAAGUUCAAAAGGAUUGGGAAUUCGAAGGUGGAGAAGAAGAGGUGGGUUGAGCAGGAUGAGAAUGGACGGCGGAAGGAGAUUCUGCAGAUUACGGAUGCGGAGGGCAAGACGAAGAGGAAGGUGAGGUGGUUGGAUAAGCCGGGUGAGACGAAUUCUGGGGGUCUCUUGGUUCCGGAUAAGGAUGCGAAGCCGCUGGGCAUGGAGGUGCCCGUGGAGGUUGCGGCUAAGGCGGCUGCUCCGUCGGAGGACGAGGAUGAUGAUAUUUUUGCUGGGGUGGGUGCCGAUUAUAACCCUCUUGGUGAUAUCGGGAGUGAUGAGUCGUCGGACGAGGAUGAGGACGAAGAUGGUGAAGUUGCUGAGAAGCCAGCCCGCACCACUGAGGCAGCGCCGAAGGAGACGCCGAAACCCUCGGGUGAAGCUCCAGCUAAACCGCGCAAUUACUUCUCGACUUCUACGACGGAGACUACUGAAGAAGAUCGUUCGAACCCUCUGACCAAAGAUCCCACCCUGCUCGCGGCCCUCAAACGGGCUGCUGCCUUGCGACGAGCCGAGCCUUCGGCAGAGGGCGAGGCUGGUGAGGGAGAAGAAGACGCCGACUCGGAGACACUACUUCGGAGGAAGAAAUUCCUUGAAGAAGCCCGCCGUCGCGAGCAGCUGGAUGCCAUGGAUAUGGAUCUUGGAUUCGGAAGCAGUCGCGUGGAGGAUGACGAAGACGAAGAGGUGAUACUGGAGGAGCGUGGGGGCAAGAAGAGAAAGCGUGGACCCAAGAAGAAGAAGGGAGAUAAGGACAGUGUAUCCGAUGUGAUGCGUGUGCUUGAGGGAAGAAAGAAAGAUUGA